AAGCUCUUGACUCGGCCCAUAAAUAAUGACCAUCAGAUCAUUCGUGGAUCCGGGAAACGAUCCGGCAUCCCGACUCGGUAGUCAUGCAGAUGGAGGAGAUACACAUCUUCAAGGGUUCAUCAGUCCCAGGCCUCCGGCGUCGGUAUACCCAUCGGGUCCGAACAAUCGUGCAGGGUCCUUACCCCGGGGACACGAAGUGAUACAGUAGUACCACUCACUAUACUCCAUUUAAUUUUAAGCAUAUACAUUCAAUUCAAUGCUACUGGGCUAAUGGGC